AUGCAAAAGAAUAUUUACUGGAAAUACUCAGCAAAAUAAAAAAUUCUUCUACAAUAUCUGUGGAAAUGCAAAAUCAGUAUUUUUAAAGGAAAAGGAUUUUUAGACACUUUACUUUGCUAUUUCUCUUACUUAAAAUUCAGAUCAGUUGGAAAGCUUACAAUGAUAUAAUUUUAUCUACCAAAAUAAAGUAAUCUCUAUGCUUUAGGAAGUGAGAAAUUAGAUAAUUUACAAAUAUACAAUAUUAAAUUAGAAGAAGAUGAAUUAGCGGUAGAAAUUCGUAUGGAUAUUGCUUUAAAUUCAAUAUUCCUUCUUAUGAAUAAAAAUUAGAUAUACCAUGUUUUAAUUUAAAAAGCUAAGCUUAAUGAUGGUUCAAUAAAAGUGUUUAAAUCAAAAGAUCUAAGCACUCAUGAAUAAAUCUACCAAGAUUCUGAUAUUGAAUUAGAAUCCCCAGUUACCUAUCUAGAAUAAGUGGGUCUUUAAAAUUUAGGCAGCAUCAUUCCUCCAAAUAAAGUUUCUUCAAAUUAAUAACUUCCUAACAACGAUGAAAUAAACAAUUUGAUUUAAGAAAGUUAAAAUAUAAAGUCUAAUGAGAACGUGAACCCACUACAAUAGUAACCGAUAAUGUCAAAUUUACAUGUAUUUUUGUGA